UUAUAGGUUAGAACACGUUGUGCACAUAUUUAUAAUACAGAGGUACUUUCCGUUUCACGCACGAUGCGCAUAAUGCAUCGUUUAUCCUUGUUAUUCAUCGAGUGUUAAUAAACAAGGAUAAACGAUGCAUUAUGCGCAUCAUGCCUGAAACGGAAAAUAUCCUCCGACUGAUUGUAGACCGGCCCUAAAUCUCUUUCUGCUUCCACAGCUCCCGCUAGUGCCAUCGUGUCACGAUCGUGCGACGUGAUCGCGACGUUUAGAAGACCGCGCCCGUCCGUGGAAGAUCGUGUGUAUCACGUUCGCGGGUGUCUCGUGCGCGCAACGUCUCGUCGCUCGUGAAAGGACGCGACGCCGGCAAAAGAGUCGAGGACGUGGCUUUGAUUCGCUCUCGUACGAGAGCUAGAUAACUUAAAGGUAAAGACCCGCGCUCGUCCGUGGGAGAUCGUGAUCGUGAACCGUGUUCGCGGGUGUCUCGUGCGCGCAACGUCCCGUCGCUCGUGAAAGGACGCGACGCCGGCAAGAGAGUCGAGGACGUGGCUUUGAUUCGCUCUCGUACGAGAGCUAGAUAACUUAAAGCAUUUUAUCUGUGAGUGACCACAACUGCAUCAUGCCAAAGGAUAUACGAUUUUGAUAUCUUGGAUUCUGAAGGUUAUCAAAAGAUCGCAAGGCAAGAAUGUCGAAUUACAAUUAUGCGGUUGUACAGUUCCCCGCAGACCAAACAUAUUCAGAAAUACCAAUAACAUGGCUUAAAGAAGAUGACUCGCAGUGCUGGUGGCCGCCUAGAACAUCAAACUGUCCGCAGAUGAUUGCAAACUGUGAAAGUCCGGAUUAUAAAACAUGGGCCACUUAUAAAAUAAACGUCGUAAAAUUGUGCACAUCUCUUGAAUCAGCACGAAAACAUGCAGCAGAUUCACAAUAUCAGACGACCGAUGAAGACGGGUUAGGAAGAGGACAAAGGCCACAUGUUCCAUAUAAUCGUUUCAGUAGUGACGCAGAAGAGUGCUCAACAAACAAACCUCGAAAGUAUGUAAAAAAAAAACAAGUCGACAUUGUUACUUCUAGGCCACCAUCGUGCCCUGAAAAUUUUGGCUUAUCUGAAAAAGGAGCAAACCGCGAAUAUAGACAAGUUACAACGUCACAACAAGAACAAGACAAUCAAUCUUCAGGAUUUAAGGAAACUUGGCAAGAUGUACCCGUAAUAAAUUUUGUGUCUCCAUUGCGUGCUCAACAAGCUCUACAGCAGAAGAAUGACGAUAUUUCUCAUAUAAAACGCUGCCUACAGCGACUCUUACAAAUGCAAGCAGCAUCAAAUUUAACUCUCAAGGACAUAAAACAACGACAAAUAAAACUAGAAAAUGUUAUCAAAAGCAUUACACCCAUUAGAUUAAAACCAUUGGAUAGUGAUGACAGUUUGAUUGUGGAAUUAUUACCGUUGGCCACAAUAAAUAAUAUGAAAGAAUUUGAUUCUUUAUUAAAAACUUCAAACGAAGCAGUGACGCAAUUUAAACAAUUUUUAUUAAAAAUCGGAGGAAAUAAUCCGAGGGAUAAUAUACAUCGUAUUCUAAAAAAGAUUUUUACCAACGAGUGUGCUGUAAACUGCUCUUGGAAGGGUGUACGAAAAAAUUUCCAGCUGGACAAUUUACAUUUCAUAAAAAUGAUAAGACGACAUAUUACUUCGCACCAUAUGACGCUCACAGAAUCCGAAUUUGAUAACAUAGCGGCUGAAUGGAUCCGCUUCGCAAAACAGCGUAAGAUAAGAGAAAAAAAAGAGAAGGAUAAGGAGAACAAAACUUAAGGAGCCGUUGAAGGAGAUCAAGUGGUGCGGUAGCGUCAAUCCAUGCUCGGAGAGUAAGCCGAUCAUCGACUAUCAUUGAUAGUCAACGUGUUUAAUUCAUAAACAAUGUCUGAUAUUUUAAAGAGAAAUUCGAAUAGCUGACUCGCGUCGUAUCGCGUUUCCGCUUGUAUCACUGAAAUGCAUUUGAAACUCGAUUUUCACUCCGAGCGCACGGCGUUUCGAUCUUUUUUUGUUUUUGAAAUGAUUGAACAAUCGGCAUUGUUUGUUUGUUGUGCGGAAUAUUUCUACAAGGAGAUAGUGCCAGCACUCCUCGUUUGGACCAGUGGGUGCUGGGACUGUCCUCUGUCGAGGACAAAGUCCGCAUUGGUCGAUGUCCUUGAUCCAGCUUUGACCAGUGGGUGCUGGAACUGUUCCUUUUAGGAAUAGAGUCCGCACUAGCCUAUAAAUCUUCUAGAGGAACACGAAUACAUCUCCUUUUGAUGUCCACUAGACAAGCAUGCUCGUAAAAUGAUUCAGAAGAGAUUAUUAAACUACAGGUAUAAGUCCGAUAAACGCGUUAUGAUAAAGUGAGGGAUAGUAUAAGUUAUAUAUUAUAAGAUAAUUAUAAGUAUCAAUAUUACUUGUCAUAUAAUUCUGAAAUUUGAAUCACAUUGUCGGUGUUCAAAAUAUCUUAUGUUCAUUGAACCGCUAGUAAAAUUUUUUCUUUUUUUACGAACGCAAUUUGAUUUUCUUUUUACAAAGUUGUGAUUGAAAAUCAGAGAUUGUACAAUUGACUAGUUUUACGCGUUAUGAUAAAGUGAGGGAUAGUAUAAGUUAUAUAAGUUAAUUAUAAGUAUCAAUAUUAUUUGUCAUACAAUUCUGAAAUUUGAAUCACAUUGUCGGUAUUCAAAAUGUCUUAUGUUCAUUAAACCGCUAGUAAAAUUUUUUCUUUUUUUACGAACGCAAUUUGAUUUUCUUUUUACAAAGUUGUGAUUGAAAAUCAGAGAUUGUACAAUUGACUAGUUUUACUUUUUAUAGAGAAUUGGCUGGUGGACUCCGCAACAAAAACAGAUUCAUGUCUGAUGCUUAUAAUAGCAUAUACAUAUGUGCAAUUACAGCCUAUAUUUAAUUAUACAACAACAAUAGAUCUGUUUAAAUUGAAGAAUGUGGAAGCCACCAGCCAAUAUGAAAUUUAGAUUUUGGAAUAUAUGUGAUAUAUACCAAAGAUUUUAUAUAUGAGGAAUCCUUGAAUGAUCCUUGACUGGAUCAAUAUGUAUUGUGAUAAAAAGCUAUGAUUAACCAAAAAUGUUCAUUAACCAAAUAAGAAAAAUGUUAUAUAUUAAUAUAAUAUAUGUACAAAAAUAUAAUAUAUAUUUUCUACAUGUUUUGAGUGCAAAAUAUAUCUAAUAAAAUAUGAUUACUCAAUA